UACACCUUAGCGUAAUUUUUCAAACUGGAAGAGACUUUUUAUAACAUUGUAUGCAGCUCGUCAGUGUUUACAUUUCCAGCUUUCCAUCAAAUGGACUGAGUUCCUGGACUGAGUACAACUAUUAUUAUUAUUAUUAUUAUUAUUAUUAUUAUUAUUAUUAUUAUUAUUAUUAUUAUUAUUAUUACAGAAUGAGUAUAGAUUGUGUAUCCCAUUUUUGUAUUUUCAUCAUAACAACAACAACAUACGGAGCUCUUUACGAGCCUCGUUGUCGCGGUCUCAUGAGGAAAUUUAAUUCACUUGGACCCGAUCUGACACCCAUGAAAGGUUGUUUUUUCCGACAUGGGGAGGAGGGCAGAGUGGUGACCUUCGUGUGUCCACACACGCAAGUGAAAGAAGACAUCCUUUGCAUAUAGGCAGACGCGAAUGGAUUAGUGUUAUUUAGCGUGUUAUUUAAAAAAAGAGAAAAAGAAAAGGAAAAAAAACAGGCUGAGGUAAAUCUAUGUGAUUGGAGUGGAGCCUCUUUGACUGUUCACGAAAAUUUGGUGAUAAAAUGUAACGUCAAACAACAAACACCCAUGGAUUUGUUUUCUCUGUUGAAUUAAAAUGAUCUCUAUUUGUUGUGUUGUAGCGAGAGACUGACUGGAUCACUACGCGUCCGCGACCACAUGACCAAGAAAACAACGUCGCGGGUUCGACCUGCGGGCAGCUGCGACUUCUGUUCUUCUUUGAAAAAUAAGAAAAGAUGAUGGAAAGACGACUAUUGCGGUUGUGUCUUGUGGGACAAGAAUUUCCUUGCGAGUAUAUUUGACAAUUUUGGGAAUCCUGACAUCGUUGGAUUUUGGCAGUUCCUCUCUUACUGAUGAUCUGAAGGCGGCGCUGAGUCAGGAUGGGUUUAAAACUGUCCAAAAAGAAAAAGAUUUCUCAUCAGAGGAGCAGAACUCCCUCUCAAGACUCCAGAAGCAGUUUGACAUAUGAGGAGGAGAAGUGCUACGACCCAUCCGACUCUACACUUACAUUUGUGGAUGGAGAUGAUGAGUUGGACUUCUUGUAUGAGGACUUCAAGUCUCUGAGAGCGCUGAUGUCUUGCGGCCAUGCUGUCACUCCCAUGUCUCUCACCAACUGGUGUCUUAGCUUAUUGAAUCAGGGCGAGAGCAGGUUUGUGUGCGGCCAAACUGAAUGUCAUGCUGAGUGGUCCUUUGAGGAGGUUUGUAAAAUGGCCCUUCUAACCCCGGAAGAAAUCGAGUACUUUGAAAAGAAAAUGUUCAGCAACUCUAAGGAUGUUUUUGAUGUUAAAUCAUGUCCUGGCUGCAAGUCUUCAGUGCUGAGAACUGACUUCAGUAAUCUGUCUACUGAAUGUACAGUGUGCACAGCUGAUCUAAAUCGGACCUUUACGUUCUGUUGGCAGUGUUUGAGGGAAUGGAAAGGUCCGUCCCCACGUUCAAACCGAUGUGAAAAUCAUGGCUGCAACAAUAAGUCCUUAGAAACUCUGAGAAAAUGUCCAGAUAUCACCUUCCAGAAUGUGGAGGGCAUCACUGGCUGUCCCUCUAUCCGUGCCUGUCCCACAUGUGGCUUCCUAGUGGAACAUAACACAACUGGGUGUAAAAACAUCUUCUGUACACGUUGUAAGCUGCAGUUCUGCUUUGUUUGCCUCAAAAUGAAAGAGGAAUGUUUGGAGACGAGUGAAUAUUACAAACCUUGUUCCAGUGGUGUAGCACCUAGACAGACUUCUAUACCAGUGUGUCAGUGGGAUGAUUACUAGAUUGUUACAGAAAUGUUGUUAUUGUGUGAUUCACAUAGAAAAACUAACAGCUCAGUAAGUUGGUAAAGCCUGAUUUAAAAUUUACCACUAAGCUACAGUUACCACAAUCUAAUGCAGCGGUCCCCAACCCCCGGGCCUCGGACCGGUACCGGUCCGUGAGUCGUUUGGUACCGGGCCGUGAGAGUUGAGGCUCAGGUGUG